AAUCAAAAUUUUAAGCCUGUUACGCGUAACUAACUUGGACUUUGCUUUGAAACGAGAUCAUCUUCCUCGUCGCAAUUUCCCUGGAAAAUUUCGAUUUUCUUGGAAUCAGCUUGCCUCGUCUCAAUCGUUGACUGUACGUCGUGCAGAUAAGGAUGUCGAAAGAGGGAGAAACGGUGAUCGGAGUUCCGUAUUACGCGGGACACAACCCGUAUCAAGCCGGAAUCGUGCCGCCGAACGCAAUCUACGGAGAUCCGAUGGGUGCUCCGAUCCAGCAAACGAUUUAUCGGGACACUCCCGCUCCUUUCAAUUGCCUCUAUUGCGGCAACACUGGCCUCACCAGUAUCAGAUCUAAACCAGGUGUAGCUGCUGUGGUUGCUUGCAUGAUGCCAUUUAUGCUUGGGUUCUGCUUUCUCUGCCCUUCAAUGGAUUGCCUGUGGAAUAAGUACCACCAUUGCCCUCAGUGUGGGAAUAAGGUUGCUGACUUUGAGAAAUCAGAUCCAUGCCUGGUGAUGGAUCCGCCACAGUGGAAGCAACCCAGCUUCGCACUCCCUGCAUGAUUGUUUUCUUAUUAAAAUUGAAUGUGAAGUCGAGUCGAUCUGUUGCUUGUGCCUAAAAGAAAUUGAAAGGAUAACCCACUAGAAUGUGUGAGGAAAUGAAUGUAUACAAUUGUCUGUAUCGUCUAGUGUCUUGACUCUUGUCCCCUUCUUGGCUAUGAAACAAGGCUCUCCACGUAGAGAUUCUUCAUCCU